CCUCCGCAUGGAUGAGAUCCCCUACAUUCACGAGGACCGGCCUGAAAGUUCUGCCAACAACGAUGUGCCCACAGAGCCGUCCACCUCUCCCGUCAUCAGCUCACUGUCUCUGUCCAGCUCCGAGGAGAACGUCGGCAUGAAGAUCCUGCGUAAACUGAGUAACAAGAGGAGGAAAAAGUCUCGAGACGGAGAAAAGAGUUUGGAGGAGGGUUCAGAGCAACCAUCAGCGACAAGUUAGUGACAUUGAGGAGGAGGGGUGAAACAGGCAUUUCCUUAUUUAUCGUUUUCUGGGUAAACUCACCCAAAAUUUCUUAUUUUAAGCUCUGACUCAACUCUCACAGGAGGCAUCCUAUCUGCUGUAGCCAUUGAUAAUACUCAGGACCUCACUGAAACACAUUUACCCCCCAUUUUCUGCCUGCUCCCCCUUCCCCACAACUUGACUCAGCA